AUGUCCUUACAGCUGGCGACGGCGGUUUGGUUAACCGUCUUCUCAGUUGUGAGUAGCAGACAGGUGCUUGAAGAUAGCGUCUCAGCUCUGGAAAGUAAAACGACCUCUGGAAGCUGCGGCCCCUCUGCUGGCAAUGCAGUCUGUGCCUCGGGGCUCUGCUGCGGGCCAAAUGGAAUUUGUGGUAUAGGAACCUACUACUGCAACGCGCCAUCCUGUCUCUUUCAGUAUGGUCCGGCUUGUGAUGCCAACCAGACCCCGUCAGGCUUGAAUACCUCAUCGGUCUCGCGACCAAAGAUCGGCGACGUUCCAUACGGAGUCAGCAUUCGAGCCUGCAAUGUACCCGGCAAGGUUGCUCUCACAUUUGACGACGGGCCGUACAUCUACACCUCGGAUCUACUAGACAUACUAAAAGCUCGAGGCGUCAAGGCGACCUUCUUCCUUGUCGGCAACAACGGCGGCAAGGGCCAGAUCAACGAUCCCCGGACCGGAUAUCCCUCGCUCAUCCGACGAAUGUACAACGAGGGUCAUCAGAUUGGCAGCCAUACAUGGAGCCAUCAAGACCUAUCGACCCUUUCCCAACGCCAACGAUACGAUCAAAUCAUCAAGAAUGAGAUAGCCCUCAGUGAUAUCCUAGGGUUCUUUCCGACGUACCUACGACCGCCAUACAUGUCCUGUAACACAGAGUGCCUGACAGACCUACGCGCCCUUGGGUAUCACGUAGCCAAUUAUGAUAUCGACACGCUGGACUGGCAGGAGAAGUACCCCAACAGCCAGAAUAUCUUCAAGUCUGCGCUACAGUCCGGAAACCCAAAGACGAAUAGCUUGAUCUCCUUAGCGCAUGAUAUUCACAGCCAUACAGUCCACGAUUUCGUCCCUUUCAUGAUUGAUUAUCUGAAAGAGCGAGGUUAUACGACGGCACUCUACGGAGAAUGUCUGAAUGAUCCUCCAUCGAAUUGGUAUCGUUACCCUUCUGGAUCACCAUCAACUACAAAAACUACCACAUCCAUCAGUGGGUCGUCUAGCAGGACUCACAGCAGCACCAGUCAAACGGCUAUGCCCACAGUUGUGGAAGGAGGAGAACGCGCGUUUGGAAGCCGUACAGGUAAUGGAACAAUGACCAGCAAAGGCAUUGAAGGCACUGCUGUCGCUAUGGCUUCUGAUCCAACCAAGUCAGAAGGGUUCAAACGAUAUGGAAUGACAGCACUUGGACUAUGGGUGGUUGUAGGGGUUCGUUUCAUGUGGAUUAUGGGCUCUUACCCAUAG